AUGGAACAGCACGUCCCAGACAGAAACACCAACACAAGACUGCCAGGCUGCAAAGAGGGUGGGCCAGAGGAAGAGGAGGAGGCGGAGGAGGAGAGGGUGGGCCGGGAGGCGGCCCGGCCCUGCCCGGCGCCUCAGGCCGGGCCCUCCGUCCUUCCCGGCCCGGGAGCUGCCCGGGCGGAGGCGGCCGCGGGGCUUUCCCGGCCGCAGCGCCCAGCUCUGCCUGCACCUCUGGCGAAAGCAGGGAAGGGAGGGGAGGGAGCAGAGCAGAGGCUUUCACAUCCUCAAACCCCAGGGAAACAUCUGCUGUUGCCGCAGUUUACUGCAUACAGGGAAAAUAGAAGAGAAUUACUGUUUUCUGAUGGACCUGAAAGACAGGAAAGUGCCUUUGGAAAGUCCUCAACUGCCUCGCCAGUUGAACCAGUUCACAAUGAUCACCAAGGGUAUCCAAGUCCAUUGAAGAAGAUGUGUACAUCUGGUAUGAGGGGUCUUGCGAGCAAUCAUGGUUUUGCCAGCUUUGAAGAGAACAGUAAUUAUUUCCUUAAAUUCUAUCUAUUCACCUCUCCAGUAGGGGCAAAUUAUCCUUUAUUUCCACACCAGUAUGUUGUGCCUUUAACAGAUCUCUGCUCAGGUUUUGUGAAUCCAGCAGCAGGAGCUGAACAGCAGCCCAGUGUUGGAAGAGCUAUUGAAUCCCUGGCAGGCUACAGCCAUAGGGAACCUCACCAGAGUCCCCAUCACAGCCUGACCACAGAGACCUCCUGGAGGAAACCAGCCAGGACAGAAGGGGGAAGUCCAGGGUAUGACUCAGAGAAUGAGGAGAGAGAUAUGAGAGAUGAAAUGGGCAAGUGUGAGGAAAGUUGGAAGAGAGCUUACAAAGGAGUUCCUUAGGAUAAUAAGUUUUCUUCCAAAAUACAGCCUCCAAAAUCAACAGGGGAGAUGUUGGAUGAUCCUGUUUUCCAGUAUUUCACAAAAAGAAGAUACAAUCACAGACCUAAAAUAAGCCAAGUUGUCGGAGGUUUCUGAGACAGAUUUCAGACAACAUCUUUUACCUCUCCACAGAGAUCUGGUGUUUUCUGUGUUGGUGCAGUAAAUUUUGAAGGCAGUGCUGGUAUAGACUUAGUCCUACUUAACCAUGUUCAAACUUUGAAACCUCACUACAAAUGCACUGAACACACUCCAAAUAUUCCUGGAUGCACUGGCAAGGUUCAUUGGUCAGCAACUCACCCAUCAAAUUCUAAUCUUCCAUCAACAGCCCCAUCAGUAAUUGCAGGAAUGCAUGGAUACAUUGCAAAACAUGGAAGUUGACUCAGCAGAAGCACCUGGGAUUUUUUCUCAGCUCCAGUUGGUCCUCAGAUUUCUUUCAAAGCAGAAUAAAAAAACUAUUACAAUUUAGAGAAUGCCAGUCCUUUUUACCUGCAUAACUGAGAGCCUCAGUGUCUGACAGUGAAGAGGAAGGAAAUGUAUGAAGAUGUGCAGACACUUUAAAUACAGAACAAAAAUAAAAUAUUACAGAAGUGGG